AUGUCAAAAUUUUUAAUUACCAACAAUAUUAAAAUUAAUAAUAUAUGGACAACGCGGAGCCUAUUUGCAGGAUUUGCCUGCUGCAGCCCAAGAUUGAUACGCUUAUGCCGACAGAUUCGGAUUUUUGUGCAAAUAUUGAACAGUGCACAGGAGUUCUGUUAACACAAGAUGCGGAUCUGCCCAAUAAAAUAUGCACGAGUUGCGCUUUACUGCUGCGUGCUGCCCUUAAACUACGUACUCUGUGCCAACAGGCGGAGCAGCAACUACAAAAGCUGAAACAAGAGCAGCAGGAGCAGCAAAUGAAGGUGGACAGCGACUGUGACAUGUCUACGGAAUUCGUAGAGUCCUAUGAGGUGACGCUAGAGACGGCCAGCACCACGGGCAGUCACUGCAGUGCUGACGUUGUCACAAUAAAACCUUCAUCUCCCGCGCACGCAACUGUACCUGCGAGUAAACCCAAUCGCCGUAGCCGUAGCACAGCUGUUGCCGUGCCAUCCUCCCACUCCCCUACCCACAGCAGCGAGGCUAACCCGUCGACGGGACUCUCCUAUGCGUGCAACAUUUGCAACAAUGUUUACACGGAAAAGGUGAAGCUGACUGCGCAUCUCAAGGUGCAUAGCGAGCACAAGCCACACGAGUGCGAAAUCUGCCACAAGCGAUUCCGUCAGACGCCGCAACUGGCGCGACACAUGAACUCACACACCGGACUACGUCCGUACAAAUGCGAUUAUUGUGAUUCAUCCUUUGCUGAUCCCUCCACUCGCAUUAAGCACCAACGCAUACACACAAAUGAACGCCCAUAUAAAUGCAAAUUUUGUAGCAAAUCCUUUGCAUAUUCAAAUGUGCUUAAUGUGCAUCUGAAGACCCACACGGGAGAGCGACCCUUCAGCUGUCAGUACUGCGAGCGACGAUUCUCCCAGAUGCACCACAAGAAUACACACGAGCGGGCGCACAGAGCAAAGGACUUGGACAUAACAGUGAUUUCCCUGGAGGAGGAAUAACAGUCAACUAGAAUUUAAGCAGUCACUUUGAAGUACAAUGAAUCGUAGAGUAUAUAGAAACCAACAACUUGAUGUUUUGUUGUAUUAUUCUGUUUUAGCAGGAAUGAAACGCAAAUAAGAAAACAUCUGAAUGUCAAA